AUGAAUAUUGUAAACAGAGUUGGUAGUGGCCAAUUUUAUACUCGUAAACUGUGUGCACUAGCUUCGCUUGAUGCCGCUAAUGCAUUCAACUCCGCACCGUGGGAAAAGAUUGAUGCUGCUCUCAUACACAAAAGGUUUCCAGCCUAUCUCAUAAAAAUGAUCAGGUCGUAUUUUGAUGGGCGGAGUAUUAUUACGGAGAGUGGACGGCGUUUGGUGACUACUGGUGUACCUCAGGGCUCGGUCAUUGGACCAAUACUGUGGAAUAUAUUUUAUGAUGGUUUGAUGCGGCUGGAACUUUCGGAAGGUGUACAAAUCGUGUGCUUUGCAGAUGAUGCGGCGGUGGUUGCCACAGGGCAUACUACCUGGUUGUUGGAGAAAGCCAUGAAUGACUCCUUACAGUUGGUCUCUACCUGGAUGGAAGAACAGGGAUUGUUGCUAUCAAGCAGCAAGACUCUUACAAUAAUGCUUACAACGAAGCGAGGCUAUGAUAAGCCGACGUUCAAAAUUGGUGACACGGUUAUAGAACUUUCUGAUGAUAUGAGAUACCUCGGAAUGCAGCUCAGCUCUGUGCUGGGCUACAGGAAGCAUAUAGAGGUUGCAAGUAACAAGGGCACGAGAACAGCUGCGGCACGUUCUCGCUUAAUGCCCAACGUUGGAGGACCCUCUGCCGCAAAGAGGAAAUUGCUUACGACGGUUGUUCAUUCACAACUACUGUAUGCGGCACCGAUCUGGUGUGGCGCACUUCAGCACGAGGUCAAUCGCAACAAACUAUCUUUCCCGCAGAGAAAGAUGGCGUUGAGGGUUGCGAGUGCCUACUGUACGGUGUCGUACGCGGCUAUAAUGGUGGUAGCAGUCAUAAUACCCAUCCAUCUACUCGCAGCUGAAAGAUAA